ACUCCGCCCCUUCCCCGCACAGCCUGCACGACCGCCGUCUCCUCCGCGCGCCUCUCUCUGCGGAAUGUGAGAGCAGGGCAGGCUUGCAGUUGCUAGGAGACGGGAGCGGCGGCCGCAUACACACACCGGCGGCGCGGCAGAGACCCAGCAGCGAGGAGGAAAGGCCCUCCCUACCCACUUCCGUGGGGUCUUCCUCCCUCUUCCUCCCUCACCUCACACCUUGGGGGCUUUGCACCCCUCCCUGCUGCAAAAAUGGCUGAGGAAAGGUAUGACAAGCCUGCAAUAGAAGAAAAUGUCUUUGAAGCCUUGGAAAAAGACUUCCAAGAAGUCGUCAGUGAGCUUACGGGAGAUCAAAGCCUGGAAAAAUUUCGUGUGGAAUAUGAGAAGCUCCAUGCCGUUCUGAAAAAGUCCUAUGAGAAUGAAAAGCGUCUCAUGGCAAAAUGCAGGGAACUGAAUGCAGAGAUUGUGGUGAAUUCGGCUAAAGUUGCUACUGCUCUGAAGCUCUCUCAGGAUGAUCAGACUACAAUAGCUUCACUGAAAAGGGAAAUUGAAAAGGCCUGGAAAAUGGUGGAUGCAGCCUAUGAGAAGGAGCAGAAAGCAAAAGAAACUAUUCUGUCCCUUAAAGAUGAAAUCUUGAAUCUGACUAAAUUAGUGGAGCAAGGAUCUGGAUUAUCAUUGGGUCAAGAGCAUAACAUGCGUGAAUUGCUAAGAUUUAAGGAGGAAGUAACAAAGGAACGAGACCAGCUUUUGUCAGAAGUUGUAAAGUUACGUGAAAAUGUAGCAAAUAUGACAGAUCAACAGCAAGAGGCAGAAAAGACAAAACUUGAGGCAGAGUCAACCAUCGCUCAGCUCCAUCAGGAAAUCCAAAUGCGUCAGAAUGAGGCUUCACGGGAAUCCCGAAAGAAGGAAAAAAUGGAGAGGGAACUGAAACAGCUUCAAAUGGAACUAGAGAACAAGUUGUCUGAUAUGAAGACAAUGCAGCAGGCUAUGCAAAGGAACAAGGAGGACCUCCUGAGGUCUGAACAGCAGCUCAAGGAGCAGAAGAUCCUGAACGAAAGGGCCACAAAAGAACUGGAACAGUUUACACUGAGAAAUGCCAAGCUCCAGCAAGAAAAUGAGCAGCAUAGCCUGGCCAUUGAACAACUUAUGCAGGAAAAUCAACAAAAAACUACGGAGCUGAGAGCAAGAGAAGAUGAAGUAUCUCAGAUGCGUCAAGAAAUGUCAAAGCUUUCUAAAGUGAGAGAGGUUAUGCAACGAAAAAUGCGUGUUGUAGAGGAAAGCAAAACACAGGCAGAAUAUGAAAGAGACACUCUUAAAAACCAGAUAAAUGGGCUAGAGAGAGAGUUGGAGGCUGCAAAAAAGCAAGCAGAAAUUGAUAAGAAAGCUAUAGAUGAGCUUGUGAGAGAAAGGGAUAUAUUGAACAAGAACUUGCUCAAGGCUGCCAGUGUCACUCAAAAGCAGAUGAACCUUGUUAAGCUCCAUGAACAGUCAAAGAAGAAUCUGGAAGAAGAAAUUCAGAAUUAUAAGGAUGAGGCUCAGAAGCAGAGGAAGAUUAUCUUCCAGCUGGAGAAGGAGAGAGACCGCUAUAUUAAUGAAGCUAGUGAGCUCACGCAAAAGGUCCUCCAUCACAUGGAAGAUAUCAAAGUGCGGGAAAUGCAGAUAUUUGACUACAAAAAGAAGAUUGCAGAGUCUGAGACAAAAUUAAAACAACAGCAGAAUCUCUAUGAAGCUGUGAGAUCAGACAGAAACCUCUACAGUAAAAAUUUGAUUGAAGCUCAGGAUGAGAUCAACGAAAUGAGGAAGAAGCUGAAGAUUAUGACACACCAGGUAGACCAACUGAAAGAAGAGAUCUCUGCUAAAGAGGCAGCACUUGUGAAAGUGCAUCUGGAUCACCAGCGGAUAGAAAAAGAGAAAGAGGCAUUGAAGAGCGAAUUGCUUAAAAUGAGACAGCAAGCUCUGGAGACUAAGCAUUUUAUUGAAAAACAAGAGGAGGAGGAAAGAAAGCUCUUGAAAAUUAUUUCUGAGGCUGAUGCAGAAAGGAUGAGGCAGAAGAAAGAAUUAGACCAGGUUAUUAGUGAAAGAGACAUCCUGGGGAGCCAGCUGGUUCGCCGCAACGAUGAAUUGGCUCUUCUGUAUGAGAAGAUCAAAAUCCAGCAAUCAAUUCUGAACAAGGGGGAAAUGCAGUACCGGCAAAGAGUGGAAGACAUCCGGCUGCUCAAGCUGGAGAUCAAGAAACUUCGUCGGGAGAAGGCAAUACUUGGCAAGAGUGUGGCUAACGUGGAAGAACUCAGGCAGGAAGUUUAUCAUAUGCAGAAGGAGUUACUGAAAGAACGGACACGUUGUAGAGCCUUGGAGGAAGAGCUUGAAAACCCUAUGAAUGUUCAUAGAUGGAGAAAAUUAGAGGCCAGUGACCCAAGUACCUAUGAAUUGAUACAGAAGAUACAUGCAUUGCAGAAACGGCUUAUCAGCAAGACUGAAGAAGUGGUUGAAAAAGAGCUGCUCCUCCAGGAGAAAGAGAAGCUAUAUGUAGAACUGAAGCACAUCUUAGCCCGGCAGCCUGGACCAGAAGCAGCAGAACAGUUGCAGCUGUAUCGGCAUACCCUACGGGAGAAGACCAAGCAACUUAAAGUUUUAUCUUCUGAACUGAACAUGUAUGAAUCACAGAGUCAAGAAUACAAAUAUGAAAUUGAAAGACUUGCCACUGAGCUUCUGAACAUCAAAAAGAAAUACCUCACUCAGAAACGCAAAGAACAUGAAAACAAGGAAAAGGAGAGGACCCUGAGUAACAUGGACCAUGACUUCACAGGGCAAAGAACCAGAGUUUCACGUUUCGCUGGAGGUGGUUUCCCGCUGAGCAACCCGCCUCCCAAGAUUUUGGCCUAAACAGUUGUAUCAUCACACCUUGUCAUCUGCUUUGGCACCUCCUGCUGAACUAAAUGUUGUGUUUUGGGUAGUUAUGAGACAAUUUGGUUGCUUUUAAGAUAACUUGUAGCAAAACACUUCCUUGAGAUCGCUGUGUCCUAUUGAUAAGAGGUUGUAUUCUGGAGUGGACAGUGCUGUUUAACCCUGUUAGUCAAAUCCUGCCCUUAAUUAUGUCAGUUCCUACCCUAUAGAUACCAAUGGAGCAGCACAGCAUGAGACAUCUCCUAAUACUUCUAUGAUCUCAGUUGCCUUUCUAAGUACCCUUGAUUAAAAGUAAGUUCACUCAAAAUUACUGAGGCUUACUUCCAAAUAAAUAAUUGAGGCCUGAGUGUUAAACUUGAAAUCAAUUUUUUUUAAAGGAUGAAUACUGUAGUUAUAUUGCCUUGAUCUACCUCUUCCUAAAUGUACACCCUAAAGCCAUAUGAAAAAUAACUAGAAUGCUAAUUUUCUACCUUAAGAAAACAUGAAACUGAUAAUUUGUCAUCCUGAAGUAUAGCAUUCAGUUGUGCUGGUGUGUUUUACAAUAGAAAGAACUUACUAAAAAGAUUAGGAAUGUGUGUAAUAGCAUUAAGCCCACACAACUCCCAUACUAGUCAAUGUAAUUCAUUUUUAUGAUAUGUAGAUACGAAAUAUGAUGAUAACAUCUUUGAUUGUAGCUAGAUUGUAGGUUGGGAGCAUGCUAUACCUUCAUUAAUUAGUUUCUUGUAUACCAAACCUCUAAAUAUAACCAAUCUUUCAUUUUAAUUCCUGUUAAAGGGAAGACACUUUUUAAAACAUAUGUAAAAAGUUGUUUACAUGUGCAGCCACCAAUUCCUCCCCACGCUGAAACUUUUUCAGUCUGAAGAGAUUUAAUUAUUGUUUAUCAGGAAGCCAUAUGACAAAGUCACUGUAUGAGGUGCUGAAGGAUGGCAGUGGGGUGAUGCUCAAGCUGUACAAAAUAAAAUGUUUUGAAAGUG